AAGGGGCUUUGCAAUGCUGCAAGAGUAGAGUGCCAUAUAUACACUUUACCUUGGCCAGGGAACAGUCCAGACCUCAAUCCUAUUGAGAACGUGUGGAGGGUCUUGAAGCAAAGAUUAAGGAAUAGAAACCCUCAUGGAGGCUGGAGUCUUGAGCAGCUAAAGGAGGCACUAGUUGAUAUUUGG